AUGUCGAAGCUCGCAAAGGACGCUGCUGCCUUCAAAUCAACACUGCAACGGCAGGAUUUCACUUCAUGGCAUUCGCAACCCAAACCUGCAACGUCUACAGCCGGUACUUCGUCGGCAGGAGGUGGACUAGCGAUCGCUGGAGAGCCGUCAAGCUCCUCAGCACCUCACAAGAAGAAACGGCCAAAGACUAAUAUUGUCUACUCGCAACCGGCGGAUACGGGGACGGGGAACAAUGUGAACACACAGCUGGUGUAUGCCGUCAACCAUUUGAAGUCGACGCAUAAUCCCAUGCGAGUGCAGGAUCUUGCUAUUGUAACGAAUACACCGCUCGAUACAGACUCGGUACUGCUGGAGAAGUUCAGGGCCCAUGAUAAAAUUCAGUACGACCCGAAAACCGACCUAUAUUCCUACAAACACGAAUUUGCAUUCCGAAACAAGGCAGCUUUGUUGACAGAAAUCCAACGGCAAACCCGAAAAGGUGGCGGAAUUUCCGUGCGUGCCUUGAAGGAAUCAUGGAAGGAGGCGCCUCAGGCCAUUGAAGAACUUGAGAAAGAAGGAGAAGUGUUGGUGACGAGGACGGUGAAAGAUGGUCAGCUGCGGAUGGUCUUCUGGAAUGAGAUAAAGCCUACGGAAGAGGCUGGCGGGAUGCAGGUCGAGAAAGAAUUCCUCGAUUUGUGGCACACGCUCAAGGUUCCCAACGACGUCGACCUAUUGAAGCAGCUUGCAUCGGAAGGUCUACAGGCCACCUCUUCCGAAACUGUGGCGCCGAAAGCACCCACAGCGAAGAAGAAGGGCAAACGUGGAGGCGCACCUCGCCAACGUCCCGUGCGGAUUACGAACACUCAUCUUAAAGGAGACCUUGAUCUGUCGAGAGACUAUGCAGCACAUGCGAAAUCGUAG